CCGUCGUGCCACUUUGUGGAGAACGACUCUCAUUGUUAGGGCGGAGAGACAUGUAAUCUUGUCAGUAUAUCUAUAAUCUUUGGUUUAAUGAAGCUUUUAUUUUACAUAUGUUCCGGGUAGCACGGUUUCCGUUUUGUCCGGGGAAUGUUGAUAGUGGGACACCAUCUGCAUUUGUGCAGAAACGAGCUGUCUCAUACACAUGUUUACUUAUUUCAAGCGUUUUAUCCACAGAAGUACACUAACUAACAUAAAUGAGUUGUAAAGGAGACUCAAAUGACUCUCCUUCCAAACGCAAAGUUGUGUAUGUCUAUAGUCCUCAAUACACCGAGACAUGCGACUCGCUAUCAAAAGUCCCCAACCGGGCAAGUAUGGUGCAUUCACUCAUAGAAGCUUAUGGUUUACUUCAACACAUGAGUGUUGUGAAGCCCCGUGUUGCGACCAUUGAGGAGAUGGCUAAGUUCCACACAGACGCCUACCUGGAGCAUCUCCACAAAAUCAGCCAGGAUGGAGACAAUGAUGACCCCCAGUCCGGGGACUUUGGCCUGGGUUAUGACUGCCCGGUGGUGGAGGGUAUCUAUGACUAUGCUGCAGCGGUCGGUGGUGCCACCCUGACUGCUGCCCAGUGCCUGCUGGAUAAGAGGGGUGAGGUGGCGAUCAACUGGGCAGGAGGCUGGCACCACGCCAAGAAGGAUGAGGCAUCAGGCUUCUGUUAUGUGAAUGAUGCUGUGCUGGGUAUUCUCAAGCUGAGAGAGAAAUAUGAGAGAGUUCUUUAUGUGGAUGUGGACCUUCAUCAUGGAGAUGGUGUGGAAGAUGCCUUCAGUUUUACCUCCAAAGUGAUGACUGUGUCUCUGCACAAGUUCUCCCCCGGAUUCUUCCCAGGUACAGGGGACCUGUGUGACACAGGGAUGGGCAAAGGAAGAUGGUACGCUGUCAACGUCCCUCUGGAUGACGGCAUCAAAGACGACAGAUAUUUCCACGUCUUCACCAGUGUGAUGCAGGAAGUGCAGGCGUUGUUUAACCCGGAAGCAGUAGUGAUGCAGCUGGGAGCUGACACCAUGGCCGGGGACCCCAUGUGCUCCUUCAACAUGACCCCUGUAGGGGUGGCCCAGUGUCUUUGCCACGUACUAGACUGGCACCUACCCACACUGCUGUUGGGAGGAGGUGGGUAUAACCUAGCCAACACGGCCCGUUGUUGGACCUACCUGACUGGGGCCGUACUGAGACAAACACUGGCCUCUGAGAUACCUGACCAUGAGUUCUUCACAGAGUACGGUCCUGAUUACUCUCUGGAGAUCAGUCCCAGCUGUCGACCGGACCGCAAUGAGACCAAACAGCUGGACAAGGUCAUCUCCACCAUCAAAGGGAAUUUGAAGAAUGUGGUUUAAGAGCAGAGUCUCAUGUUUCCAAUCAGGGCCUCCUGGGGUAAUGAACACACACACCAGGCUGAUGAAGACCGUAUGUCGGAGCUCCAUCCUUUGCCAACGGGGAGGAGAGGGAGAUGUUGGAGUGUGAGGGGAGGGGGGGGGGUGGAGCAGGAGAAUUGUGGAAAAACAUGACUUGAAUGUUUCCAGGGGGAUGUUUUAUUGUAGGGGACGAGGAGGAGGGUAGGGUGCUGAUUUUGCUGUUUCCGUUUUGUCUUUGUAUAGUUUUUUUUUUUUUACUGUGGGGAGGAGAUUCUGGUUUGACUAGCCAUGGACCAGACUGAGAAUUUCUGCUCUAAAAAUGGCUUCCAGGGCCCGUAUUCCCAAAGGGUCUGAGUAUGAAUGCUGUACUAGGAUCAGAAUUUGAAAAUGAUUUUAGCCUUUUAGAUCAUAAUGAAUAAGAUUGCAUGGCCCAGAAUUCCUACCUUGUUAUAUUUUGCUUCUAAAUUUUCAGUUUAGAACCUGGGCUAUGGGUGGGUUGUAAUAUUAGACUUAAAUGUGUACAUAUUUAGGCGUGGGAAGCAUUUAGGAUGGGCUAUGUUAAGAUUUGUGCUAAACGAGUAAAGCAGACAUGUUGGGGGCUCGUGUUACCUCUUUAGCUGCUUCCCUGGUGCUGUAUGUUCAUGCCUCCCUGGGGUGAGUUUCCCAAAAACAAAGAUAAUCUUCAGCAUUAAGAUAAUCUUACACCCCAUAUAGAGUAUCCUGACAAGAACUUUGUUUUAUGAUCUUAGUGUUACAGAUGAUCUUCACUACAUGAGUGCAGUACUUUUCAAGAGCUUUAUAUGGGCAUUUUUCUUAACUGAACAAAAAUAUAAGCGCAACUAUUUAAAAGAUUUUACUGAGAUACAGUCCACAUAAGGAAAUCAGUCAAUUUAAAUAAAUUGGACCCUAAUCUAUGGAUUUCACAUGACUGAGCAGGGGCGCAGCCAUGGGAGGGCAUUGGCCCACCCUUCUUGGGAGCAUGGUCCACCCACUGGGGAGCCAGGCCCUGCCAAUCAGAAUGAGUUUUUCCCCACAAAAGGGCUUUAUUACAGACAGAAAUAAUCCUCAGUUUCAUCAGCUGUCCGGUUGGCUGGUUUCAGACGCUGAAUAAGUCUUAUGUGGAGGUCCUGGGCUGGCAUGGUUACAAGGUCUGCGGUUGUGAGGCAGGUUGGCUGUACUGCCAAAUUCUCUAAAUUGACGGAGGCGGCUUAUGGUAGAGAAAUGAACAUUCAAUUCUCUGACAACAGCUCUGGUGGACAUUCCUGCAGCCAGCAUGCCAAUUGCAUGCUCCCUCCACUUGAGACAUCUGUGGCAUUGUUGCGUGACAAAACUGCACAUUUUAGUGGCCUUUUAUUUUCCCCAGCACAAGGUGAACCUGUGUAAUGUUCAUGCGGUUUAAUUAGCUUCUUGAUAUGCCACACCUGUCAGCCAAAAUAUUCCAUCCACCUAAGUAGAAAUGCUCAGUAACAGGGAUGUAAACAAAUUUGUACACAAAAUCUGAGAGAGAAGCUUUUUGUGCGUAUGGAUCAUUUCUGGGACCUUUUAUAUCAGCUCAUGAAACAUGGGACCAACACAUGUUUAUUUUUGUUCAGUAUAUAUUGUACAGACUGUGUUUUUAAGUGGCAUGUCAAUGAUCUGAUCUCUUGUCUAAUGAAAUCUUUUACGCGAAAGCAUCGGGCAAAUUUGAUUUCAGUCCUGUUCAAACCGCAUGUUUUACUUUCAACUGUAAGUACAUUAGGAGUGUAGAACAGUUUUAAAAAAUAAUUUUGCUUUUGGUUUCACAAAAGUACAACUUUUUUUAUGGUUCACCUUUGCCGUCUAUAUGGUGUAAAUAACAUUUUAUUUUAUUUUAUACAAACUGAUUAAAACAUGAGCUUCAAUCACAUCCAGUAUAGGAAACUCACCAAAUGUAGGUCUGUGUCCCAAAUGACACUGUUCGCUAUAGUGCACUACUUUUACUUUUGACUGGAGCCCUAUGGGAAUAUAGUGCCAUUUUGGAUGCAGCCUAGAGGUGGGGAAUCAAAGUGGGUUCCAUGUGUGGAACAGAAGUUCUGUGUGAUCUUUAUGGAUUUCGUUUAAACAUUAUGACCACAACCAGAACACACACACAGAGUACGCACACUCAGCGACAAACACACACACACUUUAUGGAUUCUGUGGUCAGAGUUGUGGUUUUCCUCAGAGUGCAUGUGAAACUCAUUAGUCUGUUUAUGGGUUCGGAGGAAAGACGAAACUGAUUGAAACUCCUAUCUUGUAAACAGCUCUGUGACAGCCUAUUGCGCAAAGACUCAGUAAAAAGGAUGAAUUUAGACAGAGUAGGGUAGUUCUGUCUUCCACCUCCUCCCCCAAACUCCCCAUAUGACUGCAUGGAGACCAGAACAAGACAACUUCAGGGCCUGGAUUCCCAAAAAUAUUUUAAGACAUACUGUUUCUCUAUUUAAAACAUUGAUAAUUCCUCUAUUUAAAACAUUGAUAAUUCCUCAGAUUUCUUAAAGACAAUUUUGAACAUUUGGCAUAGAGCUGUUGCAUGGCAUAUCACUUUAUUUUUGGAUUGGCAAUAUGGCCAAAUUAUCAGUCCUUUGCCAACCAAAAAUAUUUCUCAAUCCACUUUAUUUAUUGGGCCUUUAAUCAUUUGAAGAAAAGUCCGUCUUCCACACCUCUCUCUCCCAUGACCCAGAAACCGAUAAGUGGUCAGGUGGUGAUGACAAUUCGUUAGUAGGCGACGGAUGAGUGUCCUUCCCUCCUUGAUAGCCACCUUUCAUCAAGUUGUCAUUUUUGUAAGAGUUUUGAAAUCUGCCACACCCCCUUUUGAUUUAGCUUCUUUUUGUUGUUGUUGAGAAAAGCAUACACACGUUUAAAAACAAUAUGGAACUUAUUGUGCCUUUUAAAAUGACCUACACAACUCAUUUAAUUUGUUUUUAAUCACUUCUCACUUAUUUUGGGCUCCACCACUGUAAAUGUAAUUCAACAGAUGAAGUGCGGUCAUGUCUAGAAGGGAUGCCGCUAAUGUGAAAGUGAUGUCAGUUUACAUAUUCAAGUCAAGUCGGAAAUCAUUUUAGCUAACCCUAACACUUUUCCUAACCUACUACCUUAAUUAUCCUAACCAGCUGCUUAAGUUUUGCUGACUUAGGAAAAGGGAGGCAAGAGAGGGCAGAGUAAAGAGGACGCAGGAGUUGCGCAAAUCCAAUUGAGAAAAGGCAUGGCUUCCAUACAUUAACCAUACACAUCCUAUCUGCCUGACAGCUUUACUAAAGAAACUCAGAGCCUUGUGUAUAGAUAAGAACGUUUACUCUCCUCCCCAGCCUGAAAUCAAACUCCCAACUCUAUUCAUGCUGUUGAAUAGCACACCUGCCUGCCAUGUCCCGUAUGACGACUAGACUGACUGCAUCAGGCCUUCCCAACGACAUUUUAUGCAAAACAUCAUGUUUCCCUCCAUAGGAUGUCAUCAUUUGAUUUGAAUAUGACAUCAGUUGACCUUUUUAGAUUAUGAAUUGUUUUGUCAUAAGAUAAGUGUUUGCUUUAGGGCUCAGUCUAUAAUAUAACUAGGCUUGCAAAAAAAAUGUAUCAAAGGAGAGUUGUUGAACAUUACAAGCUGACGUUCAUUUGCGUUUAUGUGGGUCGGUCUGUUUUUACCCGUUUUUUUUCAAGUUUUACAUUCAAGAGGGAAAUUGAAAACCGUUCGUCUCAUUUGCAUAACGUUUUCUCACCGGGGAGAAAGAGGACUCCCCGUACUUCCAUACAUCAUGCUUGAGCCUCAUCUACAUGAGAACUGUCCC